UCAGAUUUUAACUCAAGUGAAGUUUCUUUUAUAUCCCUUUCUUCUUCCUGUAUCUUCCUCAAGUUAUCAAAGUUAUUGUCAAUCCAAAUAUAAACUGAAACUCUAAAUGCGUUCGCCGCUGUGACGAUCCACCGCACGUACCGCCGGGAAUCACAACUCCGGCGAAAAACGAAUUGAGACGCGGCUCUCAGAUCGCGACGCCAUGAGUAAAUCCGCGAAUAAUGUAACUAAGCCUGAAAUGUACGCUGCUCUAAUCCGCAACCGUGAAUAUCAGGCAGCCAUGGACUUUGCCAAACAGCACGGCUUGGACAGGGACGAAGUUUUAAAAUCACAGUGGUUGAAUUCCGGCCAUGGAGUAACUGACGUAAAUUUGUUUUUAUCAAAAAUUAGGGAUCAUAAUUUUGUAAUUUAUGAAUGUGUUAAUAAAGUAGGACCAACAGAAGAUGCUAUGACUGCAUUACUUGCUCAUGGACUCUAUUUAACUGAUCGGUACCGAUUUUCGGAAGAAAAACAUGGUGAAAAUGCCGAGAUGUGGGAUCUUCGAUUGGCUAGGGUUCAGUUGUUGCAGUACAGAGAUAGACUGGAGACAUAUCUGGGCAUAAGCAUGGGCAGGUUUUCUGUGCAGGAAUAUAGAAAAUUUCGUGUUAUGCCUCUAAGUGAAGCUGCUGUAGCUCUUGCUGAAACUGGGAAAAUUGGUGCUUUGAACCUUCUCUUCAAGCGUCAUCCUUAUUCUCUUUCUCCUUCAAUGUUGCAAAUAUUAUCUGCUAUCCCGGAAACUGUUCCUGUUCAAACAUAUGGGCAGCUUCUUCCUGGCAGGAACCCUCCUACUGGUGUUUCCCUGAGGGAAGAAGAUUGGAUUGAAUGUGAAGAGAUGUUGAGCUUCAUCAAUAGUUUACCUGAGAAUCAUGAAUUAGGUAUUCAGAUCCGAACUGAGCCCAUUAUCAGAAGGUGCCUGGGAUACAUUUGGCCAUCUGCUAAUGAACUUUCUAUAUGGUACAUGGAUAGAGCUAGAGAUAUUGAUCGCUACAGUGGCCAGCUGGAUAAUUGCCUUUGCCUGGUUGAUGUAGCAUGUCGAAAGGGUAUCUUUGAGUUGCAGCAGUUUUACAAGGAUAUUACUUACUUGCAACAGCUUAUUUAUUCUGAUGAGAGUGAAGCUGAAAUAUGCUUUAAUAUUUCGCUUUUGGAUUGGGAAAAUUUAUCUGAUUAUGAGAAGUUUAGAAUGAUGCUCAAAGAAGUUAAAGAGGAAAAUGUGGUAAAGAAGUUGCAUGAUAAGGCUAUUCCUUUUAUGCAAAGUAAGUUUCAUGACUCGGCUCCUGUUAGUCAAGCUGAACUUAAGGGUAGCAACCUUUCUUUAGAACAGAAGGAUGAGUCAUUUCUGGUGAGAUGGCUUAAGGAGAUUGCUUUAGAGAAUAAAUUGGAUAUAUGCUUGAUGGUAAUAGAAGAAGGGUGCAGAGACUUAGCUACUAAUGGUUUCUUCAAGGAUGAAAUUGAAGCUGUGGAUUGCGGUCUGCAAUGUGUAUAUUUAUGCUCAGUUACAGAUAGAUGGACUACAUUGUCUGCUAUAUUGUCAAAGCUUCCACAAAAGCAUGAUGCUGAAAUAUAUAUUGAUGGCCUAGAGGAACGGCUUAAGCUUGCAGAGAGCCAUAUUGAAGCUGGGAGGGUUCUGGCACUUUACCAGGUCCCGAAACCAAUGAACUUCUUCCUGGAGGCUCAUGCAGAUGAAAAAAGUGUGAAACAGAUUCUACGUCUUAUGCUUUCAAAAUUUGGUCGGCGACAACCAGGUCGGUCUGAUAAUGACUGGGCAAGCAUGUGGCGUGAUAUGCAAAGCCUGCGGGAGAAGGCUUUCCCUUUUCUUGAUCCAGAGUACAUGCUAACAGAAUUCUGCAGGGGACUUCUGAAAGCCGGGAGAUUUUCCCUUGCAAGAAAUUAUCUGAAAGGUACAAGUUCAGUUGUUUUGGCAUCAGAGAAAGCAGAAAAUCUUGUUAUUCAAGCUGCACGUGAAUUUUUUUUCUCGGCUUCUAGUCUCUCUUGCUCGGAGAUCUGGAAGGCUAAGGAAUGCCUAAAUUUAUUCCCAAGUAGCAGGCUUGUUAAAGCAGAGGCUGAUAUAUAUGAGGCACUCACUGUUAAGCUUCCAAACCUUGGAUUAACUCUCCUCCCUUUGCAGUUCAGGCAAAUAAGGGAUCCUAUGGAGAUCUUAAAAAUGGCUAUCACCAGUCAACCCGGAGCUUAUUUACACGUUGAUGACCUUAUUGAGGUUGCUAGACUUCUAGGACUAAAUUCUCCAGAGGAUCUAUCUGCUGUUGAGGAAGCUAUUGCCAGAGAAGCUGCUGUAGCUGGUGAUCUGCAAUUGGCAUUUGAUCUUUGCCUUGUUUUGGCUAAAAAAGGACAUGGUUUCAUUUGGGAUUUGUGCGCAGCAAUAGCCAGAGGUCCCGCCCUUGAAAACAUGGAUGUAAAUUCUCGAAAGCAGCUACUAGGUUUUGCUUUGAGCCACUGUGAUGCUGAAUCUAUUGGUGAGCUUCUCCAUGCAUGGAAGGAUCUGGACAUGCAAGGUCAGUGUGACACUUUGUUGAUGUUUUCAGAGAUGAGUUCCUCUGAGGUUCCUGCUCAAGAUUCCUCAAUUAUGUCGCUACCAGUAAAUGGUAUACAGGAUAUUGUUGAUCUUAAUGAUUGCUCUAAACUGGUUGAUGGAAGAAGUGGCCAUGAUCAUGAAGCAUACUUAAGUAAAGUAAAAAAUACACUUUCUUUUGUUGCUAAAAAUUUGCCCAUGCAGAAUGGAACUGAUCUGGAUUCUUUUUUGAGAGAGAAUGGAAAAACUUUAUCUUUUGCUGUUUUCCAACUUCCAUGGUUGCUCAAUUUGAGUAAGCAAUCAGUAAAUGAUAAGAAAUUAGCUUCUGACUUAUUUCAUGGAAAACAAUGUUUGAGCAUAUGCACGCAAGCACUGGUAACUAUUCUCUCCUGGUUGGCAAGAAAUGGUUUUGCUCCGAAAGAUGAUGUUAUAGCCUCUCUGGCAAAGUCAAUUAUAGAACCACCUGUUACAGAAGAGGAGGACAUCAUGGGAUGCUCUUUAUUGUUGAAUCUUGUGGAUGCCAUUGGGGGAGUUGAAGUAAUAGAAGAGCAGCUAAGAAUAAGGAAAAAUUAUCAAGAAAUUUGCAGCAUCAUGACUGUGGGGAUGACUUACGGUGUAUUACAUAAUUUUGAAGUCGAGUGCAAUGGUCCAUCUCAGAGGAGGGAGCUGCUAUUGAGAAAAUUUGCAGAAAAGCACAUACCAUUUAAUUCUGAUGAAAUGAACAAAUUUGAUGAAGUACAAUCAACAUUCUGGAGGCAAUGGAAGCUUGAUUUAGAAGAAAAAAGACGUGUAGCUGAACAUUCUAGAUUGCUGGAGCAGAUCAUUCCAGGGGUUGAAACCACACGUUUUCUGUCAGGUGACUUCAGUUAUAUUGAGAGUGUUGUUUGUUCCCUGAUAGAUUCAGUAAAGUUGGAAAAGAAGCACAUUGUGAAGGAUAUCUUGAGAUUAGCUGACACAUAUGGCUUAAGUCAUACUGAGGUUUUGCAACAAUACCUAAGUUCUAUUCUUGUUUCUGAGGUUUGGGCCGAUGAUGAUAUCAUUGCUGAACUUGCAGAAGUUAAAGCAGAGAUAAUUGGCUGUGCUUCUGAAACCGUCAAAACUAUUUCCUCGGUUGUGUACCCUGCAAUUGAUGGGCGCAACAAACGUCGUAUUGGUUUUAUAUUUAGCCUCCUCUCGGACUGCUAUUUGCAUCUAGAGGAAACGGAAAACUCUUUGCAAGACAUACACUCUUUUCCCCCAAAACUAUGCACUAUUAGUUUAGCUCGCUUAUACAAGGUCUUUGAGCAAGAAUGCCAAAGGGUAUCUUUUAUUGAAGAUCUGAACUUCAAGAAUAUUGCUGGAUUAGAUGGUCUAAAUUUUCAAUUUCUAGGAAGUGAAGUCUAUGCGCACGUGAACGAUCUUAGCUUGGAAGCCUUGGCAAAAAUGGUACAGACAUUGUCUGGUAUCUAUACUGAUAUGGUGCCCGAAAAUCUCAUUUCAUGGCAGGAUGUGUAUAAACAUUACGUUCAAGGUUUAUUAACGACAUUGGAAAAAGGAACCAGAAUGGAUUUCAAUUUUGUGAAUGCCGACAGAUUUCAGGAGUUUAUCAUACAACUUGAGCACACCUAUGAUUUUUCUCGUGUGUAUAUCAGACUAUUGGUACCAUCUGAUGCCUUGGAAAUUAUGAAGCAGUACUUAACCGUAAGUGUACCCCUGCACGGUUCUUAUGAGAGUAUUCCAGAUAACUCAGCAUGGCAGGAUUGCCUCAUUAUCCUUUUGAAUUUUUGGCUUAGACUGAGUGAAGAAAUGCAAGAAAUUAUAUCCAGGGAUAGUUCAGAAGAAAUAGCAUUCCGUCCAGAUUGUUUAUCGAAUUGUUUGAAGGCCUUAAUGAGGCUGCUGGUGGAGGACAGUGUAUCUCCAAGUCAGAGCUGGGGUAGCAUCAUAGGCUACGCCAAUUGCGGCUUCGUUGGUGAUUUUUCUGUUGAGAUUCUGAUUUUCUGCAAAGCCAUGGUUUUUGCUGGCUGUGGUUUUGGAGCCAUUUCGGAAGUAUUCUCCAAGGCAAUAUCCCAUUGUGAUACCAGUUUAACUCCUUCUGCUGACUCGGAAUCCCGAAAUCUUCUUCUUCAUCUCUAUAUAAAUAUGUUGGAUCCCUUCUUAGAAAAUUUGGUCAGUGGAUUCUACGAACCCCAGAAUUUAUAUCAUCUACUAUCUUCAUUGAGCAAGUUGGAAGGUCAAAUCGAGGAUUUGCAGAGGGUUAGACGGGCAGUUUGGGAAAAGAUGACCCAAUUCUCCGAUAAUUCAGAGCUACCAAGCCGUGUUCGGGUUUAUGUUCUCGAGCUCGUGCAGCUGGUUAGGGGUAGAAAUAUCAAGGGUUUCUCUACAGAGCUACAAUCCAAGGUUUUACCAUGGGAAGGAUGGGAUGAAUGGCUAUCUACAAGUAAACAGAGCGAGAUUACUGCUGGUGACGGACUGCUGGAUAACACAGAUGCUUCUAGUCAGUUAACGAGUACUUUAGUUGCUCUUAAAUCAUCUCAGCUUGCGGCAAGCAUUUCCCCUAAUAUAGAAAUUGCUGCUGAUGAUCUCUUGAAUGUGGGGACCGCCAUCACAUGCUUUUCAAAAUUAUGUGAAGUUUCGAGUUCAGAUGCUCACAUUGAGGUGCUGCUAGCCAUUUUAGAAGAGUGGGAAGGGUUUUUUGUAGUUGGAAGAGAUGAAACUAAUUCUGCAGAAACAUCGGAAGCAGUAAACGACUGGAAUAAUGAUGAUUGGAAUGAAGGAUGGGAAAGCUUUCAGGAAGUCGGAUCUCUUCAGAAAGAGAAAACAGAGACCUCCCUAUCUGUUGAUCCUUUGCAUGUGUGCUGGACGGAGAUAUUCAAAAAACUGGUCUCAAAAUCACGUUUCACUGAUGUAAUAAGAUUGAUCGACCAAUCGCUAAAGUCUAACCUUGUUUUGCUGGAUGAAGAUGAUACUAAGACAUUAAGUCGGAUUUUACUUGAGAUAAAUUGUUUCAUGGCUUUGAAGCUUGUACUUCUUUUGCCUUAUGAAGCAUUGCACUUGCCGUGUUUGUGUAUAGUUGAAGAUAAGCUUAAGCAAGGAGCUAUUUCUGAAACAGUUGGCAGAGAUCAUGAGUUCUUUGUUCUUGUAUUGUCAUCAGGGAUUAUAUCGGCAAUAAUGACAAACUCUUCAUUCGGCACUACUUAUUCCUAUUUCUGCUAUUUAGCAGGAAAUUUCUCUCGUCAGUGCCAGGAGUCUCAGUUAACUAGAAUCACCGAGGAAUCUGCAAACUCUGCAGCGGACUUUCUGUUUCUUUUUCGGAGAAUACUGUUCCCAUCCUUCAUCUCGGAGCUUGUGAAGGCUGAUCAACAAAUUCUAGCAGGAUUUCUUGUUACGAAGUUUAUGCACACAAAUGCUUCUUUAAGUCUAAUUAAUAUCGCUGAAGCUAGUCUUACGAGAUACUUGGAGAUGCAGCUCCAAGCAGUCCAGCACGACGAGUUUGGUGUUGAUGAGGUAAGUUCGUGUGAACUGCUGAGAAAUACAGUUUCUAGAUUGAUAAGCAAAUUAGGAAAUGAUAUCGGGGCUGCAUUGUCGUUGCUGUCUGCAAAUGUUAGAUGAAAAUCCCUUUUAGAAGAUUUUGCGAUAACAUUAGGCGUAUGUUUUGUACACUGUCUCACAAACUUUAUGUACAUUCUAUGUAGAUGUCUUUUUUUUUUUGUUUCUGUAGCUUUAAGGCAAAUAAACGAAAUACACAUACAAUUAAUUUUUUUUUUCCUUAUGGGAAGAUUUUAUGUCUAAAUUUGUGCUUCUA